AUGAAAAUUGAAAAUGGGUUAUCAGAAAUAAACAGAAUGUUCCCUCUUAAAUCUUGCCUAUAUAAAUUUAUACAGAAUAAUAGAGAAAUGAAUUAAAACUAAUUGUAUGAACCUAAGCUUCUUAAAAAUAAUCCUUAGUAUUCAAAUUCGACCGAAUAAAAAUACUACUAAAACAAUACUAAAAUGCUUGUUUGUUAUGACCUAGGAAAAAAAGAAUUGAUACCAUUAAAAUUGGCAAAGUAUUCAGCCAAGAUUUUACCUGGAUUUUGUAUUGUAAAAUUAGAAAUAACAUAUUCUACUGAAAAAUAUACGGAGCCCAUAGAGCUGGAAAGUGUAUUUUCAAUUAAUGAAAAUGCUGCUGUUACAAAAAUGGUUGUAGAAUUAGGAGAAAUUAAAGUUUAUUGUGCAGUAAAGGAAAAGAAGUAAGCUGAAAAAGAAUAUCAGGAAGGUCUGAAAUAAGGAAAGACUAUGGCAUAUAGUGAUUAGGAUUCGAAUUUCCCUUCAAUAAAGAGAGUGAAAAUAGGAUAACUUGCACCAAAUAAAUUAUUGAAAAUUACUUUUGAAUAUAUACACCCUCUAGAAGUCUUUCUUAAUAAAUUUUGGAAAUUCGAACUAUUUCCAGUUAUUGAUUAAAAUUAUGUACAUUUUGAUAAGUAAAAAAUGAUUGGCAUUCAUGAUGAAGAACUCAAUAGAUAUUUAAAUCAAUUAUUUAAGAUUAAUAAUUUCAGGUUUGAAUUUAGGUAAGAAAUAUAAGUGGAGAUAGAUUUUGAAUACCCAAUUACAUUUUGGAAAUCUCCUACUCAUAAACUUUAAUCUACAAAUGCUAAAAAUCGUUCAGACAUUCAAACAGAAGGAAAUUAAAAAAAAAUAAUACUUUAAUUAUAAGAUAUUCCUGAGAACUAUGAACCAACCAAAUAGUUUACUUUACUUUUUUCAUCAGAUGAAGUUAAUUUGCCUCGUGCUAUCUUGAGUCAUACUGAUAAUGAUGCCUUGCAAUAUUAAAGAUAUUGUGCUACAUUAACCUUCAUUCCAAAAUUUAAUGAAGUUUCACUAGAUGAUGCUUAUACAUAAUAUUUAGAUGGUUUAAGUAUGGCUGACAAUUAAGUAAUUAAUAGAGGCAACUACUUAUUCAUAAUUGAUCGAAGUGGAUCAAUGAGUGGAUCUAGGAUCAAAAAAGCCAAAGAAGCUCUAAUUCUUUUUCUGAGAAGCUUACCUUAAGAUUCUGAGUUUAACAUAAUUUCAUUUGGUAGUUAAUAUUAACCGUUGUAUGAAGUCUCCAAAAGAUAUACUCAAGAAUUUUUAGAAUAGGCAAUUUUGCAUGUUGAAAAAAUGGAAGCUGAUAUGGGAGGAACUGAAAUACUGACUCCAUUAAAGAGCAUGGUAUAUGACGCAAGUUACGGUAAAUCCAAAAAUACAACUCUGAAUGUAUUUUUGCUGACUGACGGAGAGACAAGUGCUGAUCCUAUUAUUGAAUUGGUUAAAUCUAAUAAUCGAGCGCAAACCAGAAUCUACACAUUAGGAAUAGGUUAAGGAUGUAGUUAAUAUUUGAUCAAAAGUGUGGCUGAAGUAGGAAAUGGCAAAUAUCAAAUUGUUAGUGAUAAGGAAGAUAUAAAUGAGAAAGUGAUUGACCUAUUAGAAGAUUCAUUAACUCCAUAUUUAUAAGCGUUUACAUUAGAAUCAAAUGUGGUUAAUGUAGCGUCUAUUAUUCCCAAUCCAGAAUCAAUAGUAUGUUUAAAGAAAAAUUAGGAACUUACAAUAUAAGUUUUGUUUCCUAUGGAAUAAUAAUAUGAAAAUCUCGAGUUUAAGAUCAAUUGUUUUGAUCCCUAAAAUUAAAAAAAAAUACAAUAUUCUGUAAGAUUAAACCUGAAUUAAUCUUUAAACAAUGAAUAUUUUCAUAAAUUGGCAGCCUAUAAAUUAAUUACUUAUUAUGAAAACUCAAUAAAAUAUAAUUAACAACAAGUGAAUUUUAUCAAACUUAAUAAGGAGAAUCUUGAUUAAUAAGAUAUUAUUGAUUUAUCUGUUUAAAAUCAAAUUCUAUGUUCAAAAACAGCAUUUGUAAGCCAACUUUGUGAUUUAGAGGAUUAAUUUAAAUAAUAAAUUCAAUCAGUCAAACAAGACUAAAUGAUGACGUGGUAAUCUAUAGGUUACGAUCGAUAUUAAAAUUAAAUUCAACGGUAAGAUUAUCAAUCAAGGUGUUCUUUAAUUAUUGAUCAAAAUGACAUAUAGCAAUAAUAUUAGCGAAGUUGCUUUGAUAUUGAUCAAAGUAUGACAUCGUAACGUGUCGUGAAUUCAUUUAAUCAUUAACUCAAAUAAAAUGAUGUUAUGUGUUGUAUAAAUGACAAUUUGAGAUUGAAAGAAACUAAGUAAAAUAAUAAAAGUUCAGCCGGUUGCUGUGGAGGUGGAGGCUCUUAAAAUAAUUAUGACAAAUUCAGCUAAAUAUCUUACAUUCCUCGACAAUAGUAAUAAUAACCUUAAUACUCUCAACCAUUAUUAGAAAAAUAACCGUAAAACAACAUAAAUAUAAAUCAGACAUGCAAAACAGAUUAUGCUAACCUUACUUAUGAACAAUUAAUUAGAUUUGCUUUAGCAGAUGGUAGUUUUAGAAUCAAUAAAGAAAUGCAAUAAAUAAUCAAUUAUAAAAAUUUGAAAAAUCAUGAAAAUCAAAAGGAUGACGUUUGGAAUACUUUCCUAGCGUUAUUAUACUUAGAAUAUAAGUUUAGCCAAUUUAAAAAAUCGUGGUAGUUGGUUUAUUAAAAAGGUAUCUCAUAUCUAAAACAGAAUGGAGUAGAUUACAAAUAAAAGAAAAUUGAAUAUUUGAUUAAAUGAAAUUCAC